CAUUACCAUCAAUAAUAAUUGUCCUCUUGACAAAAAGGUGAGUUUGGAAUCGUAUACAAAGCUAUGUUAUACAACUGGAAGGGCUAUACUCACCAUUUGGUCGCAGUAAAGACACUGAAAGGAAGGUUCAGUUUGAGUGAUGUUAAACGUUUGGCUGAAGAGAGUCAGAUCAUGGCAGGAUUUGAUCAUCCCAAUGUUAUGAAGCUGCUCGGUGUGUCAUCAAUCAGUGGGAGUAAGACCCUGUUCAUUAUCAUGCCAUUCAUGGCCCAUGGAAGCCUCUUUACAUAUCUGAGGAAGAAUAGAGCGGAUUUUACAGUGGAGAACGAAGAAUUGGUAUUUAACCUCAGUAGUAUGAUUGACCUGAACAAUGUGAUAAAGGUUGCCGACUUUGGUCAGUCAGAGGAUAUCUAUGCCGGGAACUAUUUCAGACAAACAACAGAGCAAGACGAGGAUGGAGAGCCUCCUGUGAAGCUGCCUGUGAAAUGGAUGGCUCUGGGGAGUUUGAAUGACGGAAUCUUCUCUAAGAAAACCGAUGUGUGGUCAUUUGGAGUGACAUGCUGAGAGGUGUUUUCACUGGGGAAGAACCCCUACCUUGGGGUGGACCACUUUUUUCUCAUCAGAUAUCUGGAGAGAGGAGAGAGACUAGACAAGCCUCUCAAUGCUGCCUGUUCCCAGGAAAUAUAUGAUGUGAUGAGGGAGUGUUGGGAGCGGCAGCCAUGGAAGAAACCAAGUUUCUCUCAACUGGUGACUGUCAUCUCCACUAGUCUGGAGGGAAUGGCUGGAUACCUAGACCUCAACCAUCCACGUCUCAACUGACAUGUACAAUUUUAGCUACUCUACAGUAGUAAACUUGAAAUAUUAUUAUUAUAUUAUUAUGAUAACACUAAUGUUUUAUGUGCCUAUAUAGUUAGAUGUCUGUAUGCUCUCCAUUA